CGUCGAAGGGACGCACGUACGACGUUCUUUUCGCACGUAGGAAGUCCUUACCGGUGCUAGUUCUCGCGCGCGUAGCAAACGGCGCGCUCCUGAGUGGCGCGUACGCUACACCUUUCCCCGCCUACUGGACUCUUGGCAGGUCCGAUUGGUUGGCGCUCUUAGUGCUGAGUGGUGGGGGUUGGCCGGCGUAGUGAUACCCGGCCGGCCGAGACUUGCGGCAGAGCCCUCGCACACCGAUAGAGAACCGUGGACUCCAUUGCUGUCCUGAGUGCGUUUCUCGUCGGCCGCUGGUGUCGUAUCGCUGUGUCCGUCGUCGUAGUCGUCGUCGUCGCCGUCGCUUUGUCUAUUUCUCUGUCCGUGUCUCCAUACGGCUAAAGCUCCGUAACUUUCUCGAAGGAACCUGAGAAAAGAAGCAAAAAGGAGUGACAAAAAUGGCUGACCAACUGACGGAGGAACAGAUCGCAGAAUUCAAGGAGGCAUUUUCGCUAUUCGACAAAGAUGGUGAUGGUACCAUAACUACCAAAGAAUUGGGCACCGUUAUGAGAUCUCUUGGUCAAAAUCCCACGGAAGCUGAGCUUCAAGAUAUGAUAAACGAAGUCGAUGCAGACGGAAACGGUACCAUCGAUUUCCCGGAAUUUUUGACCAUGAUGGCACGUAAAAUGAAGGAUACUGACAGCGAAGAGGAGAUAAGAGAGGCGUUCAGAGUGUUUGAUAAAGAUGGUAAUGGUUUCAUAUCUGCGGCAGAACUUAGACACGUCAUGACAAAUCUUGGAGAAAAGCUUACCGACGAAGAGGUAGACGAAAUGAUACGAGAGGCCGAUAUUGACGGCGAUGGCCAAGUUAAUUACGAAGAAUUCGUCACAAUGAUGACAUCAAAGUGAAUGCAACCUGUAUAAUGGAAGAACUUGCGACUUGAAGUGGUGUUGACGUACUAAAUAAAAAAAAAUUAAUAAUUAAUAAAUCAAGAUGCAGAGUAUAAAAUAUAUAUGUAAAACACACAAAAUGCGAACCAGAAAGUGAAAACAACAAAACCUUAUAUCCGGAUGUGAAGUCUAUAUAAAUAUAUAUAUAUAUAUAUAAUAUAUAUAAAAUAUAUAUAUAUAUAUAUAAUAUAUAUAUUAUUAAAAAAAAGAAUCCGCGCAGAAGGUCAACGCCCGAUACGGUUAAUCAUCUCUCGUUGUCGAUAAGUAAAAAAAAAAAAAAAAUACAGGGCAAAUUAACUGUUUAAUUAAAAAAAAGCUAUACUGCUAAAAAUCAUUCUCUGUCGAGCAUAUAAUACUUACAAAAUACAUAACACAUACAUCUUCUACACUAAUAUACGUAUACACGCGUAUAACACAUAUACACACUCUACACGAAUACACCCGCACAAUCAUUUUAUUUCCUUUUAACAAAAAGAACAACACACAACCAACCAA